AUGUCAGUUCAAGAAUUAUUUGUGGAUGGUGAGAGACUGACAGGAAGUUCUGCAAGGAGCAAGAAUUUGUCAGCAAUUAUGAGCAUUGCUAAUACGGUCAAGUCAUCGUAUGGGCCAAAUGGGUUAGACAAAAUGAUAAUAAGCAAGAUAGGUGAUGUGUCGAUUACGAAUGAUGGAGCAACUAUCUUAUCAUCACUACAGAGCACGGACUCUGCUGGGAGGAUAUUAAUAGACUUAGCUGUACAGCAGGAUGAAGAGGUAGGGGAUGGGACUACUAGUGUUGUUUUAUUAGCUGCUGCAUUAAUAGAGUACGGGAUAGGCUUAAUAGAGGAUGGCGUACAUCCCACGAUUGUUGUUUCUGGGUACAAGACUGCGUUUAAGCAUUCUGUUGGGUUUAUUAGGAAUACUCUUGAGAAGAAAAUGAAGCACGUGGGGCAUGCCGAUCUGUUAAAAAUAUGUGAGAGCACUAUUUCCAGCAAGGUUAUUAGGUGCAGCAGUGGUUUAUUCAGUAAAUUAAUGGUUGAUUCUGUCCAGGCCGUGAAACGGGUUGAGUUAGACAAGAGCAUAUCCUACCCAAUUGAGGAGAUUAACAUACUAAAGAAGCAAGGGAAGAGCAUGGAUGAGAGUAUGUUUAUAGCUGGGUAUGCGAUAAACUGUGUACCCAGCAGUAAUUUAAUGCCCACACGAGUUAACAGGGCACGGAUUGUGUGCUUAGACAUGGACUUACAGCAGAUGAAAAUGGGGCUGUCCGUGAAAAUAACUGCUGAAACACCUGACGACUUAGAAAAAAUUCGGGAGAAAGAGAUUACUAACUCACACGAUAAGAUCAGGAAGCUUUUAAAACACGGUGUAAAUGUAAUAUUUACUACAAAGGGAAUCAGUGAUGGGUGCACUAAAUUACUUAUUGAAGCAGGUGCUCUUGGCAUACGCAGAUGCAAGAAAGAGGACUUGGAAAGAAUUGCUGCAACAACCGGUACAAAAGUGUACUCUUCUUUUGAGGAUGUGACUGGAGAAGAGUUUGUUCCCAUGAUUGGCACGGCUGACAGUGUACACAUAGAAAUCCUUGGGGAGGAGAGGUGUACUGUUAUAAGCACUUCAAAGGGCGUAGGUGCCUCUAUUAUUCUAAGGGGAGCCAAUGAGCAAAUACUUGAUGAGAUGGAAAGAAGUGUACACGACGGACUGUGCACUCUUAAAAGAACCUUGGAAAGUAAGUCCGUGGUUGUAGGAGGAGGUGCCUUUGAAACUGCUCUUGGUGUGUACAUCUCUAACUUUGGCCUGUCCUUCGGCACAAACGAGCAAGUGGUCAUCCAGAAGUUUGGAGAUGCCCUUUUAAGAAUCCCAAAGACGCUUUUAGUAAAUGCCGCCCUGGAUACAAAUGAAGUGUAUGCUAAGCUACUCUCUGAGCACGACAAGUGCAACUGGGACAUGGGCUUGGACCUUGAAAAGGGCACUGUCGUGGAUAACUUUAAGAAGGGAGUAAUUGAACCACUUGACACAAAAUUAAAGGCACUCCGUGCAGCCACAGAAGCAGCCAUAAGCAUCCUGCGAAUUGAUGAAGUGAUUGUCCUGGCAGAGGAUGAACCCCCUAAGAAAUAGCCCGAAUACCCCCUGAAACAUGACUCGCGUGGUAUCUGGGAAUUUCUUAUUAAUUAAUAAAAUGUUAUUCUACCC